AAAUUUGAGCUGGCUGCAGUUGGAGCCUGAACAGCCAGUUCACUCUCUGGAUCACCAGCUUGAGUAUUUUCUUGUUCUGGAGGCUGCCACUGAGGUGUGCUGAGUGUCCAAGCAUAGGAGACAGCUUCAGAAGAAGCAUCUCCGAAGCUGGGACAGGCAUGAUCCUGGACUCUGGCACCUCCAUGUCCCCAUUGAUGCUGUUGCCCUGUCCCCAAACCAGUCAUGGCCCAGCACCCCAGCCUCCAAUGGGGCAGCCAGCUGGACCUCUUCUGAAUGUAGCAUUCCCUCCGGGCAGCUGUCUUGUGCUACCUACACUUUUGCCAGCAACACCUGUGGUGGCAGGAGAUGGUGGCUGUGGACCAAGUGUGGCUGGCCAUGUCAGUACCAUCCUCCACGAGACACCAGAAGCAAGGCCAAUAGCGCCACCACACUCUCAGACCUUGGUCUUCAGCCAGGCCCCUCUCCACUUGAGUGCCACGUGGGAGGCAACAUGUGUGCCAGCAUCAUCUGGGCAGACCCUUGUGCCUCUGACAACCACUGUGGUCACCCAGGACAGGCAGUUGGGCUGCACACCAGCUCUUGCUCCUGUGGUUCCACCACCAACUACUCAGGUGGCCCCCACUGUCUUUCCAAACCAUGUGGCACCAGCGUCUCAUGGAGGUGACAAGGAAGGGGCAACGGCUCCUUGCCAGGCCAAGGCUACAUCUGAUGGCCCCCAACACUCCACAAGUGUCUACAAGAACUUCCGGCGCUGGCAGCACUUCAAGGCUCUGGCCCGCAGGCACCUCCCCCAGAGCCCUGAUGCUGAAGCUCUGGCCUGCUUCCUCAUCCCCGUGCUGCGGACUCUGGCUCAGAGGAAGCCCAGCAUGCCGCUGGAGGAGGGGAUGCAGAUUGCCAUGCAAGAAUGGCAGCAAACGAGCAAGUCGGAAAGGAUGGACUUCUACAAUAUGGCAGCCAAGUUUAUGGAGUUUGAGGCCGAGGAGAUGGAGAGGCUGACGCUGGAGUGCAUGAAGGGGAAAACGUACCAGCCUCCUCCAGCCCCAGUGCACCUGCUUCCUCAAGGGCCCCCAGCUACUGGGCUUGUCCAGCAGACAGUGUCUGAACCCGGCAUGGACAGCUCCAAGGCCUUACCAGUCUAUCCCCAGCCACCAAGAAACUGGCAGCCUCAGGACGAGACCCCAGAGGCUCUGAGCAAGUACACAAACAUCACAGAAGUGCUACAAGGGCCGAUGCCCUCCACCAAGAAGAAACCCAGUGCAAAACAAGACACAGAUGGGAUCUGGACUCCCCAAGACAUGGAGACCUAUCCAGACCCAGAACUACUCAACUACAUUGAUGAGCUGUGUGCCCAGGAGGACUUCACUGAUAAGGUGGAGGCCAUCAUUCACCCUCGAUUCCUAGCAGAACUGCUUUCCCCUGAUGCACAGCUGGAUCUCAUGGCCCUGGUGGAGGAGUUGGAGAAGGAGGAAGUGCUGACUGCUGAGCAGGUGGUGGAGAAGCCCCUUUCCCUCUUGAGUGAGGAUGGGGCUGUGGGGGCAACCGCCACUCAGCAAGCACUCUUAUUGGACACCAUUCCUGAGGCUGUCACCUGCCAAGGUGCACAGAGUGAAGACUGUGCCCAGCCAAAUGCAGUCAGUGCUGACAUCGACUCACAACAGGUCUCUUCCCAGCAUCUGCAGAGAUGUGCUGUCUUAGGCAACAGGCCUAAGGAGGCUGCAGGCUUUGCUGGGCAUCAGGAGUAUCUUUUCCCAGGGACUUUCAAAACUCCAUCCACACAAGGCCACCAUGUCCCUGCCCCAAGAUGCCCCAAGCCUGCAGGAAGCUUCAGAGCACAAUCAUCUGUUGAGAACCCACAACCACCAGUGGGCCUCUCCACGAACAACGAGGAUGAGCUCCCCAGCCUGGCCUUCUUCCUGAACUCCCAGCUUCACCUGCUGCCUUUGGAUCUUGACCAGAGCCCCGUCUGCCCAGCGCACGAGCCUCUCUCUAGCCAGGGAAGGGGCCUCAGUUGUGUUGUCCCUAAAACUCGCAAAUCCAAAAAGCGAGUUCAUCAGGGAGGCCCGGUUCCUGCGACCAAGAAGACUCGCUCGGGCUCUGGGCUUGGAGCCCUUGGCAGGCAGGCCCUGGCUCUCGGUCGUAUUGGAAAGAGCCAGGCUCAAAAGAGGAGCCAUGAUCCCAUGGUCAGCAGGAGGAAGAAGAGGCAGCGUUAA